CGAAUUCCUUCCCACUCCCAAGUCCCAAACCAGGGCGGCCCAGCCUAGUCCAAGACUCCAAGGGCCCAAAACCCUAACAAAACCCUGAACAGAACGCCACUCUCAGACAUCUCCUCACCUCAUCACCCUGUGUCUCCAUAACCGUGAACUCAAUCCAACACCAUUCACUCCAAACGCUCGAUCACAAAUCAAAUGGCGUCAUCCACCGGAGGCCGAUUCAAAGAGCUCCUGAAGAAGUACGGGAAGGUAGCGUUGGGGGUCCAUUUCUCGGUCUCGGCAGCUUCGAUCACCGGUCUCUACAUAGCCAUCAAGAACAACGUCGACGUUGAGGCCAUGUUUGAGAAGGUCGGCAUCGGCGGCAUCUCCGGCAAAGAUGACACGUCGGAGAAAAUCCCUUCCCCGCCGUCGCUGCCCGAAACUUCUUCCGAUGAGUUCAUUAUAGAAGAAGGACUCGGUGAUCAGACGGCGGCGAAGAAGAGAAAUCGGACGGCUGAAUUGGCCACCACCAGUGGUGGUGCUCUUGCCUUGGCUGUACUGUGCAACAAAGCUCUGUUCCCGAUAAGGGUUCCGAUCACCAUCGCCCUCACGCCGCCGGUGGCGAGGUUCUUGGCGAGAAGGAAAUUUAUCAAAAAUAGUGUAUGAUCAUGUACGUUCUCUCUCUCUCUCUCUCUCAUGAAUUGACUUGUGGUUUUCUGUUAUGUUGAUUUGGGAGACGGAGAGAGUAGAGAAAGUGUGAUUUUGUGAGCUAGGGGAUGUUUUGAAAUGAAAGGAGUUCAUUUGAUUUUGAUUUUGGUGCAUGUUUGAUUUAAGAUUUCAUGCUUCAAUUGUAUGUGGAAUCGAAUUCAUGGAAACAUUAAUGAAUUGUUUUUUGGUUGUCUGAGAA